AUGCCGCGCGCGCGACGAUGCCUGCUCACGACGUGCGGCCUCCCCGGCGCGGGGAAGUCCACGCUCGUGGACGAGCUCGUGGAGUACCUCCGCGCGGAGAGAGACGCGGGACGGAGCGAGGUCGACGUGACCGUCGUGCGGUUCGACGACAUCGAGCGCGAGUUGAUGAAGUCGCGCGUCGACGACGGCGACGGCGACGGCGACGGCGACGGCGACGGCGACGGCGCGGCCGCGACGACGACGACCGCGUACGACCCGAACGUGUGGCGCGCCGCGCGCAUGGAAGCGUUCGACCAGAUCGACGCGCUGCUCAGCGCGCCGGAUGACGACGAGCAGGAGCGCGACGCGGCGUCCGCGUCGUCGUCGACGUCGCGGCACCUCGUCGUCGCGGACGAUAACUUUUACUACGCGUCGAUGCGUCACCGCGCGCACCAGCUCGCGCGCCGGCACCGCGCCGCGCACGUCAUCCUCCACGUGGAGUGCGACCUCGUCGUCGCGCUGCGGCGGAACGCGUCGCGCUCGGGCGUCGCGCACGUCCCGAAGGACGCGGUGCGAAGGAUGGCGAUGGCGAUGGAGCCGCCGGACGGCGACAAGCGCGCGUUCGAACGCGACGCCGUCGCGACGUGGGCCGGCGGCGUCGCCGCGGUCGACGCGUCGAACCCCGCGGCGGCGGUCGCGUCGACGAGCGGCGGCGAUGCCGCGGGCGGCGAGUGGGCGAGGAAGCUGAGAAACGACAGCUGGACGCACAAGGACGCGAUCGGGAAGACGGCGUGGGCGCGCGUCGACGCGAGGUGGCGCGACGCCGCGCCCGAGCCGGAUCCCGAUCCCGCCGCGACGGAGGAGGCGCGCGCGGCGCGCGCCGCGGAGGGCCGCGCGGCGAACGCCGCGAGCACCGUGCACGCGCUGGACGCGCGCACGCGGCGCGCGCUCUCGGACGCGCUGGCGUCGCGCGAGCUGUCGUCGCUGGACGGGAAGCAGCGCGGGGAGUUUAGGCGCGUUCUGUCUGUGACACUGGUCCCCAUACGACCGCGUCGGCGCGGUGAACGCCGAUCCUUAAGGACUUUUCCCGUCGUCUCUCUCCGCCCACCCCUCGCUUUCAAUGCUCGCCGUCGGCGCCUUUCAACUUCAACUGACGCCUUUGAACUCCACCCCGACAUUCGCUCGUAUGGACCCUCGACCCUCAGCACGGCGCUCAACGCGUUGCGUCGGGAGGCUGUGGACGCGGCGAGGCGCGCGGAGCGAGCGGCGGUGAAGGACGACGACGACGACGGUCUGAGGGUGGCGCACGCGACGAUGGCCGCGGAGGCAUGGUUUCAGGACGCGUGCGACGGCGCGCGGAGGGCCGCGGCGGAGAGCCGCGCGUCGGAAGAGACUAGCGGGCGGAAAUGA